GGCUCGAGAGGGGCAGGUCUGUCCCUAGGCAGUUGAGGGUUUAUUUCUUUCCUCUCUUGGCUUAGCUGCGGCCUUAUCCCAAUGUUUAAGUUAGGUUUUUUUUUAAUUUUAAUUUUUAAAAUUUAUUUUUACACUUCUAUCCCGCUCUUCCUCCGAGGAGCCCGGAGUGGUGCAGGUGGUUAUGUUUAUCCCCACAACAACCCUGUGAGUUAGGCUAAGUUAGAUCAAUGACUGGACUCCAGAACUGCCUGGGGCUCUGCAAAGCCAUGGCCAACCAGGAAGGCAACGAGGCGGGGAAGGACCGGGGUUUUGGGGCCGAACACCUCGCCGCCGAGUCGAUGGCAGCGGACAUGGACCCCUGGGUGGUGUUCGACGCCCGCAAGACCCCGCGGGCGGAAUUUGAGGAAUGGCUGCAGACCUACCAGCCGUCCCGCGUCUCGCGCUUCGGCGACCCCGAGCGCAACGCGGAGCCGGUGGGCUGGAUCGCCGUCUAUGGGCCCAGCUUCUGCCCGGAAGGCGGGGACGUGGUCGGCCUGCAGGACGACUGGGAGCGCCUCCAGGCCAGUGGCCGGAGCGUCACCUUCGACACCGUCCGGGAGCUGGCCCUCAACUACCGGGUGCUGACCGGGAAGUGGCUGAUGCACCUGGACAGCGGCUUCAAGGUGGACCACGCCUGGCGCGGCAUUGCCCGCGCCGUGCUGGAGGGCCGCCUCGGCGUGGCCAAGGUCAGCCCCUGCUGCCCCGACUCGGAGCGGAAGCAAGUCAUCUGCGUCUACACGGACGACUUCACCGACGAGGAGCAGGUGCUGGCCGCCGACGCCGUCAUCCGGGCCACGGGCGUCAAGUGCCUGCUGUCCUACAAGCCCGACGUCUACACCUACCUGGGCAUCUACCGCGACAACCGCUGGCACCUCUGCCCCACCAUCUACGAGAGCAAGUUUGACCUCGAGUGCAUUCCCCGCCGCUCCCGCAUCCUCAACAAAGUCAGCAACACCGAAGUGACUUAACUGGUUCCCCCCCAGCUGUGACACUCUCAAGGGAAUGGUGCCAUCACUGGGAACUACAAGUCCCAGCAUGCAAUGCUCACCCAUCUCCCUUUAAGUAGAGACCAGGGGACUUCCUAGCUGCUGCUGGGAGGAGACUGUUGCCAACGACAAGGGGCUGCUUUUGGGGACAGGAUUCCUGCGUUGCCUGUGCUAUUUUGCUGCAAGGGGACACUUCGCCCCGGUGAGCCAAAGGGUCCAUUUUUUUUUUUACUGUGCCCCAUAGAUGGAGAUUUGAUGUCCCCUCUCUUCAGUUUCCAAGAGCCUGUUAAUAGGAGUGCGUCUCUGGGCACGGCGCCUCUUCUGCCCGUGUGUCUUACAGUAAUGCCUGGGGGUGGCAACUCCUAGAGUUCCCGAAUCACCACCACAGCAGACCUUUUCAGUUAUCCGGCCAAGGAAAGGGGUAAGAGUACCCGAGCCUUCUAGCACCGCAGAAUUGGUUGAUCCGGAAGAAUCCUUAUCCUUCCUAUGGAGGCGUUCUAUGAAAUACACACUUGUAUACUUUUGAACCCAUUUUCUUUAAAAAAAAAAAAAAAAGCUUGAGCUGCUUUAAGUUGUGGAGCAGAGGGUCCACCUUCAUUUGGCAUAGGCCUCGUCGUCAACCCCGAUGGGUUGAUUGAGCCUUGAGAGAAGGGCUAAGCCAAUGUUCCCCAAGCCGGGUCCCUCCAUAUGUUGCUGAACUGGGGGUGUGUGUAAAGUUUUAAAGGGGCAUGCAUCUGUAAAUAGAUUGAAAAUAAACUGAUUUUCUUCCCUCUG